UACAUGCAUCUCUCAUGAAUCACGCGAGUAUUGAUUGUGUCAGCGCCGUGUCCGAUUCGUGUUUGAUUUCUUUCGUUCCGUUUCCCGGCGUUUCAGACACCGGUACGAGGGUUUCCAGCAUUAGUGCUUUAAAGAUUGGAGAAUGAGUUCGAGAAAAGGAGGAUCAAAAGGGAAAGAGGUAUCUGGAGUCUCUCGUCCCAAGGUUGACCAGCUAAGCCAUGGUGUAGCGGAAAUGAACAUGGAUUCUUCACAAGAUGAUGGUGAGUGGGAAGUUAUUCAAAGAAAACCCAAGAAUACAGGUGGAAGCAGUGGUGCAAAGCCAUGGGGUUCUCAAAAUUCCAACCCUAAACCUUGGAAUGGAGGCAUGCGGGGUAAUGCUGGACCUGGAAGAGGCACCGGCGGCAAUGCUUGGGCUAAUCAUGGUGCUGAUUCUAGGAUAGCAAGUGGCCGAGGGAAUUCAAGGCCCCAAAUAGUCAACAAGAGCUUGGACAACCACCAAGUGCCUUCCAAUCCUGUCAUUCGCCCGCCUCUUGAGCAUGGUUGGAAUUGGCAGUCAAGAACUGGUUCCAAUCCAUCCAAGGGUUUUCAAGAUGGAUAUGAGAAAGACAAUGUCAACGCUGAGGCUGAAAAAGACAACGAUGUUGAUGAUAUUGAGGAUGAUUCGGAUGAUGUUGCUGCUGAUGAUUCUGACAAUGAGCUUCUAACCGAUGAAUUUGAUUCAGAUUCAAGUCAAAAGAGCCACGAGACAAGAAAGAAAAAUAGAUGGUUUAAGAAGUUUUUUGAUAGUUUAGAUAAGUUGCGCGUGGAAGAGAUCAAUGACCCAGCAAGGCAAUGGCAUUGCCCGGCUUGCCAAGGCGGUCCUGGUGCCAUUGACUGGUAUCGAGGCCUUCAGCCAUUAGGGACACAUGCGAAAACUAAAGGAUCAAAAAGGGUGAAACUCCAUCGUGAACUUGCUGAGCUCUUGGAUGAGGAAUUGCGUAGAAGGGGUACUUCAGUUAUCCCUGCAGGUGAAGCUUUUGGGAAAUGGAGGGGUUUAAAAGAUGACGAAAAAGAUCAUGAAAUAGUCUGGCCACCUAUGGUAAUCAUAAUGAAUACAAGGCUUCAACAAGAUGAUAAUGAUAAGUGGAUUGGUAUUGGGAACCAAGAGCUGCUUGACUAUUUCAGCUCAUAUGCUGCCGUGAAGGCUCGCCAUUCAUAUGGCCCACAGGGGCAUCGUGGGAUGAGCCUUCUGAUUUUUGAGAGCACAGCAAGAGGUUAUUUAGAAGCUGAGCGUCUGCAUAAGCAUUUUGCUGAGCAAGGAACGGAUAGAGAGGCUUGGGAACACCGUCAGGUCUUAUUUUAUCCAGGUGGGACGCGCCAACUCUAUGGUUACAUGGCAAACAAGGAAGAUCUGGACAUCUUCAACCAACAUUCUCAAGGAAAAUCUAAGCUCAAAUUUGAGAUGAGAUCUUAUCAAGAGAUGGUUGUUAAUCAAAUCAGGCAAAUGAGCGAGGCCAACCAGGAGCUUAUUUUUUACAAGAACAAGUUUGCUAUACAGCAAAGGCUCAAAACUGCCCUUGAAGAGUCUUUUGGUGUUGUGAGCGAAAAGCUCCGGAAGACAAUGGAGGAGAACAGGAUUGUGAGACAGAGAACCAAAAUGCAGCACGAACAGAACAAGGAAGAGAUGGAUUUCCAAGAACAAUUCUUCAAGGAACAAAUCAAAUUUAUUCAUGAAGCAAGGGAUGAGGAGGAGGAGAAGUUUGAGAAGCUACAGCAGCAACAGCGUGAGAAGUUUGUCAAGCAAUCUACUCCUAAUACUUCAAAUACAGAGGAAUACAGGCGUAGGGCGGAUGAAAUUGCAAAAUUCAUAAAGCUCCAGGACGAAGAGAUGGAAGCUUUUGUGUCUGAGAGGGACAAGCUGAUUACCGUACACAAAGAGAAGAUGGCUGCAAUGAGACAGAGGCAUUGGCAGGAAGAAGUUGAGCUCGAAAAGGAGUUUGAUACGGAAUUGAGCCGUCUCAUGGAGAAGUAUACUCCUACUAUGCCUGGAAUGGACAAAUAUAUAUAUUAAAAUUGUUUUCUACAUAGAUUAAAUUUGAUUAAAAUAUGGGCGAGACUUCUGAGUUCGAUUCAAUAGCAUAUAAAACUUAAUAUUAUAAUAAUAUAAUACUAAAAUAUAAACAUUAAAA